UCUCGUUGUUUGCAGACGGUACCCUGAGAAAAACACCCAGGCUUUUUUUAACACACACACACACACACACACACACACACACACACACACACACACACACACACACACACACACACACACACACAUCUGAUCUGGUGGGGUUUUUUUGUCCACUCCAGCGUGCUCCAGUUUCGGCCCCGGUCCGGCUUGCUUGCUUGCUGCGUUUUUGUCCGACUGCCAGGAAACUUAACUGGGGGAUCCAUGGUGUUACAUUUCCAUUGUAACAAGUGGAUAACAGGAGGCGACCCGACCAAGGUGUAAUGAGAGCGCUGGUCAUGGACAGAUGAUGGACGUGGAGACGUCGUACUCAGACUUCAUCAACUGUGAUCGCACAGGCCGCAGGAACGCAGUACCCGACAUCGCAGGGAAGGGAGAAGGAGCGGCCAGCACCAGUGAGCUCACCAAAGAUCUGGCAGAGAUGGACCUGAAGGCUGCAGAAGGAGACCCAGGGGCCUCCCCAGCCCCUGAGGCAGAGGGCUCCACCAGCCAAGAUGCCCAGGGAGGUGGAGGCCCGUCCUAAAGUCAGCCAGAGACCAAAGGGGUGGCAGAGCCGAGGAGCGAAAAGUAGAGAGGAAGCUAGUGAAUGUGGAGAGACAUGGAGAGAGGAAAGUAAGAGUGUUUAUCUGUUGUCCUAACUGGACACGAGGACACCUUCGCUCACUGCCAGCCUGUUUGGAGCUUCGGCGGCCCAAAUGUUCGCCUUUUCAUUGGAACAGAUUGUAACAUGCGGAGUGGAACAGAGUAGAACUGUCAAUUGAGAUGCCUCUCUUUUGCUUCACACUCUGUUAGUCAUUUGUAUUCCUGACGGGACAAGAAAGCACAGAAACUUUGGAUUCAUGUCUGUGGAGAUGAACUGAGCUGAACAGAAUUCAUUUAUAACACUCAAAACAUUGUUCCAGCCUCGUAUGGAGUCGCUGUGUCAUGGAGAGCAUAUUCAUAAUCAUCCGUUUGUCAUUUUCUUUCUACGUAUGCGGUCAGUGUUUGUGACCCUCUUGUCCUCGUCAUUUUUUAGUAACAAAACAUAGUCGCCAUUAUAUUGUCGUGUACGGACUUCAUAUUUAUUGCUUAAAUGUUCAGUGAUAACUUUGUGAUAGCAAAUUUCUUUGUGUAAUAAAAUACUUAUGAAUUACUG